UGGAUUUCAUGCACUUUCAAACUUUUUAUCGACAGACAAUAAAUGAAUAACAAAUUAGCAAACAUAAUUCAAUAAUCAUCAAAGACACAUCGGAGUUUUAAAAAUACUUCAUCUGAUUGACGGACUUAACCACAAUGAAGCCUAUUGCAAAAAGGGGUAACAAGCAAUACUACUCCUCUUAGAUUCAAUUUAUGAAGCCAAUCCAAGAAUCCUUAAUAUAUUUUUAUUAAAUUUAUAGUUCAAUUUAGAAAGCAAAUCAGCUUAAAGAAAAGAUAUAGUUUUUCGCUUACAACGCACAUCUUUCAUUAAAAUAUAACCUUCCACACGUGAACUAAAGGGUAUACUAAUAAUUUCUAAAUAAUUAUUUGAUAAAAUAUUAUAGCGUAAAUUGGAUAAUAAAAUGUUUCAACUGAAUUCUUAUAUCAUCUCAAAUUUAGAACUCGAAAAUUAAUCUUCUUUAAGGAAUUUAAUUGAAAAAAUUAAUGCUAAGAGAAAUUAUAAGCAAGAUAUAAAUAAUAAUCUAAAUUAUUUGAUAUUUUCAAACUAUUUAAUACUAAAAAAACUUCUCGUAAAAUAAUAUAUAAAAAUAGGGAAAUAAGUACUUUGUAUAUUAUGAGAGAGCAGAUCAUGGGAUGAAAGAUAAGAAAUUCAGCAUGAUAAAUUUGAAAUUUUCGAAAUCCUUUUAAGUGAGAGGGAAAUUAAUAUAGUUGAUAAAGUUUAGUCUUCGAAUUUUAAGAUGUUUAAUUUACAAAUUAAAUAUUUCAAGAAAUAAAGUUAAUAAAAUCUUAAUAAUUAGAUUUUGA